UCUGGUGUUUCUCCGGGGCAAGAGACGGCAGUGCUUGGACUAUACGGUAAAGAGAGGGUCCCUACCCUGAGCAGCCAGAGCGUGCGGCUUAGAGUGAAGAAGAAGGAUUGGGAGAUAUGUGGCUCCAGCUUUGCGCUCUGCUUGUCCUCCUGCCCCUGAGCGGGAAAGCCACUACCCAAGCCAACGACCUGCCUUCCACCCUGAGGAGACUCGUAGAAAGUAGCAUCUCUCCUCCACCAGCAGCAUCUCCCAAGGGACGGGGGGAAGAGAGUGAGGUGCUGGGGCACUCACCAGCUGUAAAACUCUCCAGGACAGAGGGAAAGGAUCUUCCUGUGCUGCCAGAGGUCAAAAUAACUCCUCGGAGGAAACGCCAGAUGUUUGAUUCGAACGUCAAAUGGGUCAGUUUCACAGGAAGUUUGCCUAACGGGGCUGUGUCCAACUGGAACAAUUAUGCCAAAAGACAAGAGUAUGUCUGCGCUGUGUCAGGUUGUGACACGGGGUCCUACACCCCAGGCCGGGGCCCCUAUUGUUACUACCCCUAUGGGGAAAAAGAGCUGAAGUCCUCUCGUUUUAAGAUACUGGUAAAUGAAGGAGACAGGGCAUGGCUGGAAUGGAAAGCAGCAUCCUUUGGCAACGCACCACCAAACGCCGUUAAGAGUUGCCCAUGGGAAGAUAUCUAUGUGGGAAGGAACAAGUAUGGUCUGGGGAAAGUGCAUGGCCGCCACAGCGCUUUCUUUGUGGUCACUGACGGCUAUGAGUCUUGGUAUAAAUUCUAUGAAGUUUUGACUGUUAGGCGAGAUUAAGCCCAGAGAGAGAGGGAACU